AUGGCUGAGAAGAAACUGAUCGUGGUGUUCGGUGCAACCGGGGCUCAGGGGGGCUAUGUGGCCCGGGCUCUGCUAGAAGAUGGGACCUUCCGAGUGACGUGGAGCCCCAUGAAGAAGGAGGCUGAGGAGCUGAAGCAGAGGGGAGCUGAGGUCGUGAAGGCAGAACAGGACGAUGAGCCAUCACUGGAGCUGGCCUUGGUGGGUGCUUACGGAGCCUUUGUUGUAACCAACUUCUGGGAGCACUGCAGCGAAGAGAAGGAAAUCACACAGGGAAAGCGGCUUGCUGACCUGUCGAAGCGCCUCGGUCUGCACCAUGUCAUGUACAGCAGCCUGGAGAACGUGAAGCAGCUGACAGGGAGCCGGCUGGAGGUGCUCCACUUCGACGGCAAAGGUGUGGUGGGGGAGUACUUCCAGAAAGUUGGUGUUCCCACCACGACCAUCUGACUGCCGUUCUACUUCGAGAAAUUCCUCUCCAUCUUCAAGCCACAGAACGUCCCACAGGGCGAUACCUUUGUCCUGGCGCUGCCCAUGGGGCACACCCCCAUGGAUGGGAUGGCGGUGAAGGACAUUGGGCCUGUUGUGCUUUGCCUGCUCAAGUCCCCGGAGGAGUACGUAGGCCAAGUGGUCGGGCUCAGCAUUGACAAGCUCACUGAGGCAGAGUACGCUGCUGUCCUCUCCCAGCAGACGGGCAAGAUCGUGGAAGCCAGCAAGAUCUCACCAGAGGAGUAUGAGAAACGUGGCUCGCCUGGGGCCAAGGAAAUGGCCGCUAUGUUCCGUUUCUAUGCCCUGAAGCCAGACUGCAACGUGGACCUGACCAUGAAACUCAACCCCAAGGCCCGCGCCGUCCAUCAGUGGGUGGCAGACAAUAAGGCCGCCUUCUGAACCUUCCACCCCAGCUUCCACAGCAGGUAGCGGGAACUGGCCAAGGAGGUGAGCUGCGCUGAGCCACGCUGCCUUUCCAGCAGCUGACCCCGAAAGGCUGACCCUGCCAGAGCCGGGAAGGGCUUUGGUCCAUGUGCGUGCUGCAGGGCUCUCCUGCGACUGGCUUGAGACUGUUUAGAGCAGUGCAACUAGAAUGAGAGGAGAGGCUGUACAGCUGCAGGCAGGCAGAAGCGCUACCUUUGCACGCUGUUUUCAGGGCAGUGUUUGUUUAGCACUUCGGGGUGUUUUCAUGGCUGUAGGGUGCUGGCGGCUCGUUUUCCCAGGAUCACCCUCUUUCCUAGGCAGCUCUGGCAUACAGCACCACUUGGUGGGCUGAAUGCAUAGUACCUCUGGGCCCCGCAGGGCAGUGCCUUCUCUGCAGCCACUGCAGGUACCCACAACCAGCACUGCUGCGGGCUCCUAAGCAAACAGAAAACUCCAGGGUUUCUCCAUGGAGCAGGUUUGGGCACUGCAGGUGAGCCAGCAGCACGCCUGGAGAGGCAGAGUGCUGCAUUAGCACCACGCUGGCAAAAGGGGACUGCGCAGUGACUUCCUGUGCUGUGUAACAUGAAAGCUGAGCCUAAUUCCUCAAGUCAGACAGAGCUAAUUUCAGUCACUGCCCCCGUGAGUUGAGUAAAACCUUUGCAAGACUG